UCCAGUUGGAUUACAAAAGCCGCAGAGAACUGACAAGAAGGAAACAUGGCAGAAGUAGCUCCUGCUCCAGCCGCUGCUCCGGCAAAACCAGCAAAGAAAAAGUCCACCAAGGUAAAGAAGACCGGGCCCAGCGUGAGCGACCUCAUCGUUAAAGUCGUCACUGCUUCUAAAGAGCGUAAAGGCGUUUCGCUCGCAGCUCUCAAGAAGGCUCUGGCUGCCGGGGGAUACGAUGUGGAGAAGAACAAUGCCCGCGGCAAGAUCGCCAUCAAAAGCUUGGUAUCGAAGGGCACUUUGGUCCAGCUCAAGGGCAUCGGAGCUUCCGGUUCUUUUAAGCUAGGUAAGAAAGCUCCCGAACCAAAGGUCAAGAAGCCAGCAAAGAAAGCCGCUCCUAAGGCCAAGAAACCCGCCGCAAAGAAACCAGCAGCGGCUAAAAAGGCCAAAGCAGCAAAGAAGCCGGUAUCCACCGCCAAGAAGUCUCCGAAGAAGGCUAAGAAGCCCGCAGCGGCCAAGAAGCCCACCAAGAAACCCGCAAAGAGCCCCAAGAAGGUUGCCAAGAGCCCAAAGAAGGUGGUUAAGAAGGCACCUGCUGCCAAGAAGGCACCAGCAAAGAAGGCAGCUAAGCCCAAAGCUAAGAAGACUGCAGCCAAGAAGAAGUAAGCGGUCAGCUCUGCCGUAUUUAAUAAACUCAAAGGCUCUUUUAAGAGCCACCACAGUACACAAAGGGCACUUUUCUCAAUCUGGUGGAUAUCCACUGAGAAACAAUAUGGAUAAUGUUAAUUCACUGCUAUUAUAAACCUUUCUGUAAUUUAACUUAUAAAGUAGGCAGUUAAAACUUGUUUACACUUCUGAGUGAUUCCUAAACUGUAAGCUUGCCUGCAUCUUCAAGACUG